AUGUGGGCUCAGCUCCUUCUAGGAAUAUUAGCCCUGUUGCCAGCCUCGGCAGGAAAAUUUCUCCCAAACUAUCUGGUGACGUUACCGGCCCAUCUUAAGUUCCCCUCUACUCAGAGGGUUUGCUUGGAUCUGAGUCCUGGUUACGACAAUGUAAAAUUCAUUGUUACUCUGGAGACCAAGGGCAAGACUCACACAUUGCUCCAACAGUUUGGACUAAAGACGAGACACUUACAUUGCUCGUCCUUUUUGGUACCACUUCCUUCUGGGGGCACAGAAGAAGUAGCCACCGUCCGGGUGAGAGGAACUGGAAAUAACGUCUACUUUGAGGAGAAGAAAAAGGUUCUGAUUCAGAGGCAGCAGAAUGGCAUCUUUAUACAAACUGACAAACCCAUCUACAGCCCAGGGCAGGAAGUGCGUUUCCGUAUCGUCACCCUCACCAGCACCUUUGUUCCAGUGAAUGACCAGUACUCCAUUGUGGAACUGCAGGAUCCAAAUAACAAUAGGAUUGCACAGUGGCUGAACGUGGUGCCCAACCAAGGCAUCGUAGACCUGUCCUUCCAGCUAGCACCAGAGGCAACUCUGGGCACCUAUAGUGUGGCCGUGGCUGAUGGCAAGACAUUUGGCACCUUCAUUGUGGAAGAAUAUGUGCUGCCUAAGUUUAAGGUGGAAGUGGUGGAACCCAAACAGUUAUCUAUGGCGGAAGACUCUUUCUUAGUAAAAGUUUGUUGUAGGUACACCUACGGAAAGCCCAUGCAAGGAGUAGCGCAUGUAUCGGUGUGUCAAAAGCCAUAUAUUUACCGGUAUCUGGAUCCAGAACGGGAAUAUUUACCUGACAGAUGCAAGAAUGUCUCUGGAAAGACUGACAAAGCAGGAUGCAUCUCAACUUCUGUGGCCAUGUCUAUGUUCAACCUCACUGGGUAUUUUUACAGACAAGACAUCAAUAUCAUGGCUACUGUGGUGGAGGAAGGGACAGGAGUGGAGGCCAACACCACUCGGGAUAUAUACAUCUCUUCACAAAUGGGAUCCAUGACCUUCGAAGACACCAAUAAUUAUUAUUACCCCAAUUUCCCCUUCAGUGGAAAGAUAAGAGUUAAGGGCCACGAUGGCACCCUCCUCCAGCAUCAUUCCGUAUAUCUGGUGAUUAGUGGAGAAAAUGGAAACGUCAACCAGAUCCUGACUACUGACAACAAUGGCCUCGCUGUCUUCAAUCUAGACACGACCAAUUGGAACGGGAAAAGCAUUUCUCUGGAGGGAAGGUUCCAAUUGGAAGAAACAUAUGAUCGAGAAAAAGUGCCUGGUUACUACCAAAAUGCCUACCUGCACUUGCAGCCCUUCUACAACACGACUCACAGCCUCCUUGGCAUCCGCCGAUUGAGUGGCAUCUUGGAAUGUGGCCAGCCCCACGAAGUGCUGGUGGAUUACUACAUCGAUCCGGCUGAUGCAAAGCCUGACCAGGAAAUCACCUUCUCCUACUAUUUAAUAGGGAAAGGAAAUUUGGAGAUGGAGGGGCAGAAACACUUGAAGUCUAGGAUGAAAGGACUGAAAGGCUCCUUCUCUCUCCCACUGAUCUUCAACUCCAGAUUAGCUCCUGAUCCUUCCCUGGUGGUCUAUUCUAUUUUUCCCAAUGGAGGUGUCAUAGCGGACACAAUCCAGUUCUCAGUGGAGAUGUGCUUUGACAAUCAGGUUUCCCUUGGCUUCUCACCUUCCCAGCAGCUUCCAGGAGCAGAUGUGGACCUACAACUGCAGGCAGCCCCUGGGUCCCUGUGUGCAGUCCGGGCCGUGGAUGAGAGUGUCUUGCUGCUUAGACCAGAGAGCGAACUAAGCAAUAGUUCGGUCUAUAGGAUGUUCCCAUUCUGGUACAGUCACUACCCCUAUCAGGUGGCUGAAUACGAUGAGUGUCCAGGGUUUGACCGAUGGAACUUUCCGCAGCCCCUCAUUGAGCCAGUGCCUGAGGAGCGUUGGAACAAUGCUUUUGUCAUGUGGAGGCCUUGGCUCUCUGAAGAAACAGACCUUUUCAGUCUUUUCCAGAACGUGGGCCUGAAAAUACUGUCCAAUGCCAAAAUCAAGAGGCCAAUAGAUUGCAGUCGCCAGAAUUUAAAACACAGCUUUACGGUGGCUGAAGCAAAUGAUAUUCGUUCAACGACUUUCAAGCCAGCUCCAUUAGUUCAGCCGGAAGAGUCUCAGGUUCGCCAGUACUUCCCAGAGACUUGGCUGUGGGAUCUGUUUCCUAUUGGCUACUCGGGGGAGGAGUCUGUCCACAUCACGAUUCCUGACACCAUCACCACGUGGAAGGCCAUGACUUUUUGCACCUCCCAGUCCAAGGGUUUCGGCCUCUCACCCACCGUUGGAGUGACUGCCUUCAAGCCGUUCUUUGUUGAUCUGACGCUCCCGUACUCAGUGGUUCGCGGUGAAUCCUUCCGUCUGACUGCCACCAUCUUCAAUUACCUGAAGACGUGCAUCAGGGUUCAGACUAACCUGGCUAAGUCAGAGGACUACCGGGUAGAAUCGCAGACAGACCCUAAGGCCUCCACCUGUCUGUGUGCUGACGAAGCAAAAUCCUAUCACUGGAACAUCACGGCUGUCAAACUGGGCCAUGUAAACUUCACUAUCAGCACAAAGAUUCUGAACAGCAAUGAACUCUGUGGGGGCCAGAAGGCAUUUGUUCCCCUACAGGGUGGGAGUGACACGCUCAUCAAACCAGUUCUGGUCAAGCCGGAAGGAGUCCUUGUGGAGAAGACACACAGCUCACUGCUGUGCCCAAAAGGAAAAGUGGCUUCAGAAUCCAUCUCCCUGGAGGUCCCUGAGGAUGUUGUUCCUGAUUCAGCCAAGGCUUAUGUCACUGUUCUGGGAGACAUCAUGGGCACAGCCCUGCAGAACCUGGACAAGCUGGUGCAGAUGCCAACCGGCUGUGGGGAGCAGAACAUGGUCUUCUUCGCACCUAUCAUUUACGUCCUGCAGUACUUGGAGAAGACAGAGCUGCUGACGGAGGAAAUCUGGUCUCGAGCGGUGGGCUUCCUGAAGCUGGGGUACCAGAGGGAACUGAUGUACAAACACAGUGACGGCUCCUACAGCGCCUUUGGGGAGCAAGAUGGAAAUGGAAACACAUGGCUGACAGCCUUUGUCACCAAAUGCUUUGGCCAGGCUCGGCAAUUCAUCUUCAUUGACGACAAGAACAUCCAGGAUGCUCUUGAGUGGAUGGCAGGAAACCAGCUCUCCACUGGCUGCUACGAUAACGUGGGACGGCUCCUUCACACAGCUAUGAAGGGUGGAGUUGAUGACGAGGUCUCCUUGACUGCCUACAUCACGGCUGCCUUGUUGGAGAUGGGCAAGACCACAGAUGACCCAAUGGUGAGUCAGGGGCUGCAGUGUCUCAAGAGUUCUGUUUCCUCUACCACCAACCUGUACACACAGGCCCUCCUUGCUUAUACAUUCUCUCUGGCUGGGGACAUGGACGUCAGAAACAUUCUUCUUGAAAAGCUAAAUCAACAGGCUAUCAUCUCAGGAGAGUCCAUUCACUGGAGCCGGAAACCUGCUCCAACUUCAGAUGCCAGCCCUUGGUCUCAGCCUGAGGCUGUAGAUGUGGAACUCACGGCUUAUGUAUUACUGACCUUGCUUAGCAAAGAUGACCUGACUCAAAAGGAGCUAAGCAAGGCCACCGGCAUAGUGGCUUGGUUGACCAAGCAGCAAAAUGCAUAUGGAGGCUUCUCUUCCACUCAGGACACCGUGGUGGCUCUCCAAGCUCUCGCCAAGUAUGCCACCACUGCCUAUGUGCAGUCGGAGGAAGUCAACCUGGCAGUGAAGUCCGCUCAGAAUUUCCAGCACACCUUCAAUGUUCAAGCUGCCAACCGUUUGGUGUUUCAGCAGGAGAUGUUGCCCCAUAUCCCUGGUGUGUACACCUUGGAGGCCUCAGGCCAGGGCUGUGUUUAUGCACAGACGGUGCUGAGAUAUAAUAUCUUCCCUCCAAACACUGUGGAGGCCUUUAGUCUUAGUGUGAAAGCAAGGAGAACUCAGUGUAAGCAACAUAUUUCACUUGGAUCCUUGGUGCUGACGAUCCAAACCAGUUAUGUGGGGAGUCGCAGCUCUUCCAAUAUGGCUAUUGUGGAGGUCAAGAUGCUUUCUGGAUUCAGUCCUGUGGAGGGCACCAAUCAGUUACUUCUCCAGCAACCACUGGUGAAGAAGGUUGAAUCUGAAAUUGACACACUCAGCAUCUACUUGGAAGAGCUCGGAAAGGAAACUCAGACCUAUACCUUCACCAUCAGCCAAAAUGUGUUGGUCACCAACCUUAAACCAGCAACCAUCAAAGUCUAUGACUACUACCUGCCAGAUGAGCAGGCAACAGUUCAGUAUUCUGAUUCCUGUGAAUGA